AUGGUGAGAGCACUGAGAGAUAUAGCAUUAUUUAACGAUAUAAGAAGGAAUCAGGAUCCUGCAGGGGCCAAGCAUGAAAAGUACAGCAUGAGAGAUCUCCGGAGUAAGAAGAAUCAACACGGAAAUUGUAUGAACGACGAUGACGAUAACUCUCUUGAAAGGUUCAUAAGAAGAAAGAAAUCCAGAGUCAUAAAAUAUAUUCCAUCAUUGUCAGCUUAUAAUGUGUUCAGCGAGUUUCCUUAUUUCCCUACCUCGUCUGGUCAACUACAAGACGGUAAGUUAGACGAAUUCAUGAUGCUAUCGGAACAAUAUAAAAGUAAGCUGCCCAAAAUACGUAAAUUAGGAUGGAAUAGGUUCAAACCAAUAGGCAUUAAUAAAACCAUGUAUGAUUCAGAAAUGCUAAAAUCCCGAGUACAAGCUCAAAACGCAGAAAGAAAGAGCGAGGAAGACUUUAGGGAGCCAAGUUUUAGGGAAGAGGACCUCGGACAUAAUGGCUCUGUGGAACGCAUGGUAUUACCUCAUGUUUUACAGGAAAAUGAUGAUGAUAUCGGUGAAGGUGUGGCAGACUCCCAUAGCGUUGUAAAUGAUGGUAUAGUCGUGUUCUCUAAUAACAGCGCUAAUCAUUCACACAAUGAGGGAGCAUCUGAAGAAGAUGAGAUAUCAUAUGAUUACGAUGCAGAGUUUGAUCAUGUUGUAGACGAAGAAGAUAAUGAGGAAGAAGAAUCUCAGGGAGAAGAAAUAGAAGCUGAGAGAGAGAAGAUUGUUCCAGAUGACCUAUUAAUAAGGCCCACUUCACUAUCACGCUCCUUACAACAAUUUGUGGAGGAGGUUCAUCACAUAGACAGAAAUCCAUAUGAUAUUGAUAGUGAUAAUGACGGAGAGGAUUCAAAAAUAGAACUAGGUAUGAAUCCUGACUUUGAUGAUGACGGGGAAACCAGGAGAGAGGCAAGAGGGUACGAUUACGGCCAAUCCUCAACUUCUUAUGGUGAGAUCACACCUGAUCUAGCGAGCAAUUGGAGAAAUUGGACUAGGGAAAGGAUAACUAGCUUAGAUGAAUUAAUGGAAAGGCGUGCCAGGCAACAUCGAGGCGAAGACUAG